AUGGCUAUUAAAGUGGAGAGUGCCAUUGGUCCAAUGAUGUUUUCAAAGAAGGAGAAGACGGCUGUCAAAGUGGAGGCUGCCAAACCUCCAAAAUCACCAUCGAAUAAAGAAAUCUCAACUUAUGGGAGCGUCCCAGAGAUGGAGAAGCAAGAUAUGAGCGUGGAGAGUGCCGUCCCUCCAUUGUGUUGGAAUAUGCAGCCCCUCCAAACACCUAUUCUGCCUUUUCUUCAAGUCAAUAUGGCCAACCCCCUGUGGGCCAACAAUGACCUAGCCGUAUCAAAAUUAAACCCAUGGUCCGUCAAUGACUUGACCAAUGGUGGAGCCAACGUUGGACAGAAAAAUAUUGUAGAUACCCCUGUCCCUAAGGUUGAGGUGGCAAAAGAAGAGAGCCAUGUUGAAAAUGUGAUGAGCACAGACAAUUUCCCAAAUAUACAGGAUGUUGUAAGUCUCACCAAGUUACCGAACGCCUUAUUUGGGGAGAAAGAUGUCUAUGUCUCUGGUUGCCCCGACAGCUUGUUGUCGACGGUCCAGAAGGAAGACAAAUCUGUACAAUGGCCAGAGUAUGAGACCAGCGGGCCAGCCUGGAAGGUUCUCCAUGAUCAUUACUACAAAGUACGAAGGGCCAUCGAUCGUUCUGCGCUGAGGAAUGGCAUUGAGAGCUGCUACCAAGAGAUGGACUCAGAGGGGGAAUUGUUGGCCAUCCUUCAAUAUGUGACCAGCGUCUUGUGGAGGAAUCGGAGGAAGAAAGAGCUGAAGAUGGAGCGGAUUUUAAAUCAAACCCUGGAGAUUAUCACACUGAUCACUGGGGAGGAGUGGGUAAUUGUGAAGAAGGACUCCAUCCACAAGGGAAUCCACGAGUUGACAGGAGAGGUACUGACUGGUGAAGUGCGGGAAUGUGGCGGUCUUCUUCACUCUGGAUGAAUGGAGCUACAUAGAGAAACAUAGGCAGGAAUACGCAGAAAUGGUGGCAGAUAACGGUCCAGUGAAACGCACCUGGCAGGUCCGGGAACACUGGGAUUCAGAAGAAGAAUACUUCAGCGAGGUGGAGGAGGAAGAGGUUGAAGACUCCCCAAAGAGGAAAAGCUCACCAGAAUGGAAGCCAGGGUGCGAUUCCUUGGACUCUGCAGAGGAGGAUGAAAACGACAACCCGAAUCAUCCCAGAACUACUGAGAAUGGAGUCCAAGGAGAAUCUGAGCCUGAAACGAGCAAUCUGGCUCCUGCGGAGGAAGAGGUGCAGUAUGACUGUGAUGCAUGUGGGGAACGUCUGAUGUCUAAGGAGGACCUGAUAAGGCACAAAGCCGUAAAUCACGCCGUCAAACGCUACCCGUGCCCCAUCUGCGGCAUCCAGUACGACUAUAAAUCUCAGUUCAUUAUCCAUCAGCGAGCCCACACUGGAGAGAAGCCCUUCGUGUGCCAAGAGUGCGGGGCCAGAUUCGGCCAUAAGAGCAGCUACCUCGUCCACGAGAGGCGGCACAAAGAAGGAAAGACCUUCGAGUGCGACAAGUGUGAUCGGCGGUUUGACAAGAAGUGCGAGCUGGUCAAACACGAGAAAACGCAUGCUCAGAAAAAACGCCACAAGUGUCACAAAUGCGGCAAGCGGUAUUCAAGCCGAUCAACGUUAAUGAGACAUAAAUGGGCCCAUAAGGGAGAUUGA